AUGGCUGAGAAUUCUCUUAGAACUCUCUGUCUCGGAUACAAAAGAUUGACUGCUCAUGAUGAUCUUGAAGCCAAGGAUUCUAAAGGAGUAUUUGAAUGCGAAAAAGAGGGCAUUAUUCUUGUAGCCAUCAUCGGUGUUAGAGAUAUCCCCAGAAAAGAAGUCCCUGAAGCUAUCAGACAAUGUCAUAAGGCUGGAAUCACAGUAAGAAUGGUUACAGGAGACAACAUCAUUACUGCUAAAGCAAUUGCCAAGGAUAUUGGUAUCACUCAGGAAGGAAAAGACUAUAUCGCUCUUGAAGGACCUGAUUUCAGUAAGCUUGUUGGAGGUGUUGUUUGCAAGAAAUGCAGAACUGCGGUCUGUGACUGUCCUACUGACUAUAAGAAGGCUCAACCUGAGGACAAAUACUGCUUGGUGACGGCUCUGAAAGAAAGAGGAAAUAUCGUCGCUGUCACAGGAGAUGGUACCAACGAUGCUCCUGCCCUCAAAAAAGCUGAUGUUGGGUUCGCUAUGGGUCAAUGUGGCACUGAAGUCGCAAGAGAUGCAGCUGCUAUCAUCCUCAUCGACGAUAACUUCAGCUCUAUUGUUAAGGCGGUCCUUUGGGGAAGAAACAUCUACGACUCUAUCAGAAAGUUCGUUCAAUUCCAGUUAACUGUCAAUGUGGUUGCAGUGGCUACCACUUUCGAUUCUUACGACUCUACCAUCUUUGCAACUAAGCCAGGAUACAAGUGGCUCAAUGGAGUUGUUGGGGGAACUGUUAGAAGUGGAAGAUUCUAUACAGUUACAGGCGCUGAAGACUAUGUUUCUAUCUAUAAUGAAACCAUGAUCUACUCAAGACACUUCACCUUUAUCUUCAACACCUUUGUGCUCCUUCAAAUCUUCAAUUUCCUCAACUCAAGAAAGCUCCACGAAGAGAUCCUUUUGGUCACCUUUUCUGGAAGCGCUUUUGGAGUCUAUGAUAAUUAUGGACUCACUGUUCAGCAAUGGCUUAUCACAGCUGAUGAUGAUCUUGAGGAACUCGUUGUUGGUGCAGUGCUGAGCCAUGUACUCGUAUAG